UGUCUACAUAGAAACCUGUCUAAAAAGUUGAACUUAAGAACUUACUUUUGAUACAAUUAAACUUGCAUCACUUUUGAUAGUUGUAUAAACAUUUUAAUGUUUCGUUUGUAACUAAAGAAAUCUUGAAAUCAGUUAUUCGUAUGGACUAGGAACGUUUAGUUCCGUUUAAAGUUUCUGCUCGGCCAAUAUUUAUGAGAACACGCUGCGGUCACAUUGGAUUUAACGACUGAAGUCAGUGAGAAUUUUAAACUAAACGUGACUCAAAAGCUUGCAGUUAUGUUACGACUUGCUUUUGGGCUGUUAGCAGAAUCAUCGUUUAGAUGCAAGUUAAUCCAGGUGGUGUCAUCGGAUGUAAAACCAGUACGAUCUAUGUGCAGCUGGACGGUGUGCGCGCAUCACCGUCAGAGAAAUCAGCUGUCAAACGGUUUCCCCUCCAGAUUGCACCAUGUCCGUAGAGCGUCUCAUUCAACACUGGACCCCGCCGAGGUGCGCAAGUUUCAGGCUAUGGCGAGCAAGUGGUGGGAUUUGCAGGGCGAGUUUGCUGCUCUGCACUCAAUGAAUGACCUCAGAGUGCCUUUCGUACGGGAUAAUUUAUUGAGUAUCCAUGGCAUGCAGCAGGAGGGCAAACCACUGACUGGUCUCAGAAUACUUGAUGUUGGUUGCGGUGGAGGAUUGCUGAGCGAGCCACUAGGUAGGCUCGGGGCAGAUGUGGUGGGGAUUGAUCCUGUAGAGGACAGCGUUCGGAUCGCUGAGCUGCACUUUUCCUAUGAUCCUGAACUGGGCAAGAAGGUUCGCUAUCAGGCCUGUACCCUGGAAGAGCUGGCUGAAGAGGAAGCAGAGGGAUUUCAUGCUGUUGUUGCGUCUGAGGUGGUGGAACAUCUGGCUGACCUGGAUGUGUUUGCCAGCUGUUGCCAGCAAGUGCUGAAGCCUGGUGGGUCUCUGUUCAUUACCACUUUAAACAAAACCAGAUUGUCCUACGUUUUUGGGAUUGUGGUAGCUGAGCAGCUGUUAAAGAUUGUACCGAGUGGAACUCAUGACUGGGAGAAGUUCAUCAGCCCAGAAGACCUGGAACGACUGCUGGAGUCUGUUGGUUUCUGUGUAGAGGCUGUCAAGGGCAUGAUGUACAAUCCUCUCACAGGAGCAUGGAGCUGGCAGCAGAGCACGCCCAUCAAUUACGCAUUGCACGCCAUCAAACGUAAAGAGGAGCCUCAGCCUGACCGGGUCUGGCCUGAGAAUGAGAACUUGGAGGAGCCGAGUAGAGCCACAAGUUACAGCUGAGCUCACUUGAAUGUGAGAUUUGCAAACAGAUUUCAAGGAACGUCAGAACAGGAAGUAAAUUCUUGCAAAGACUGACUCAUGAUUUGAUGAACAAGUAAUGUAAUUCUAUGCAUUGCAUUGUUUUAUGCAAAAAACAAUGUUUAUGAAGCUUCGUAGCUCUAAGUUGAGUCUUGGUUGAUGCACUUUUGAUCCCCACCACAAGUCUAUGAGUGUUUGAUGAACACAAAUUUGUAAAAAAAAAAGAUAAUUACCGAAUUAUUUGAUCACACUUAGUGAUCCAUUAUUGAUGCUUAAUAAAAUGGAAGCUACAAAUGAAUAUUUUUUUAAUAAGCUUAAACUUUUCUGUAGUUUGAGUAGUACAUUCAAUUCAACAGUAAGCUUUUAGGUAAUAUAUUUUCCAAAAAGCCCUUUCCAAAAAAUGCACUUUUAUAGUAAUUAGUAAUGUUAUAGGGCUGCAUAACGACUAAUUACAACUAAUCAUAAAAACUAAUCUAGUUUUUGUUUACAUCAAGUGUGUGUGUUGUGUA